UCACUAAAUUAAUGUGGCUCCCCCUUUCUUUGAUGUAUGGGCAUUGAAAUAACAAGAAUGUUGCUACAUAUGGAUUUGUAUUUGAAAUACCUCCAUGAAAUUCUAUUUUCUAUUUGGGGAAGUUUCUGUUAAGUUAUAUUUUUCUUUGAGACAUUACUACUUCGAAUAUAUUUUUUUCCAGUUACCUGGCUUGUUAGUAUAAAAUCACAAUAUACAUCAACUUCGAUAAUAGAUAUUUUUAACAUGGCCAUUCACCUCAUAAGUACAAACAUGAUUUAGUGCCUUAGAUAGGCUGGAAAGAGGCAUUGUUCCUUUCCUCCUUAUUUUUUCCUCUUCUAACUUGCAGUCUUUUAUUUUAACUUGGUUUAUUUUAACUUACAAUUUCUAUCUUAUUCUGAAAAUUUUCCGAAAUCUUGAUCACCACCCAGCUUUUGUUGUUGUAUAUAACAUGGAUACAACUGAAAUUGUAUCAUUUUAUCAGAAUUCACCAGACGAGCUUUAUCUGUUGUUUGAGCAGUUCUGUGACCACUUCCAUGCAACAUCAAGGAAUUCAAUGUAUAUGAAUUUCAUAUCUUCUCAUUCGAAUAAUAUCCACGCACUGGAACAGCUCCGGAGCAUUAAAGAUAAGGCAAGCAGCUCUGCACAGGCUGACAAAGCCAUUGCAGAAAUUGAGGCAAAGUGUGGCCAAAAAAUUGAAGAAUGCAAAGAAGAACAAAGGCAGCAGUUGAUGCGCAUUGAAGAUGAACACACGUUGCUCAGAUCAAAGCAUUGAGGUGUGAACUUGAAGAUGAGUGUCAGAAGCUGGAAGAGGAGUUGCAUCUUCAAAAAUCCAAAGAAGACAGGCAAAGGGCUUUGUUGCAGUUGCAGUUGAAAGUGAUGAGUGACAAGCCCAAAGAGGACCAAGAAGUGAAUUCAAAACAGGUUUACUUGUGUUUCAAUCUAUUUGUUUGUGUCUGUCUUCAAAUGGAUGCCAUAUUUGCUAAUUUUCAUGUUGGGAUACCUUUGGUAGUUUGGUUUGACAGGAUAUUCCAUUAUUUCAGAGCUUCCUAAUUUUGUCUGGUGAUGGUGUGUUUUUACAAAUGCUAAAAUUAAGAUAGACUCCAUGCUAUUACUUACUA